GUGUUGCCUUGUUUGGCGCUUGAGAAUUGAGCUAGAAGACAACGGGAAAAGAAAGGGUCCUCACGACCGAUUCAAAGUGCCGCCCGCAUAGCUUCUUCGCCGUGGAAGCCUGACCUCUGUUGCGAUCCUCGAAUCUCGAAGUCUCGAGUGCGACCACCAUGUCGUCGUCCUCGUCGUCGUCAUCCUCGGGCACCUCCUCGGCUGGCCCCACCCCGGCCACCGCCGGAGCGGCGGCUGCGGGCGGAGCCGCCAGUGGCUCUGCGGGUGGUUCAUCGGCCAAACUGCCCACUGAUAAGCGAUUCGAUUAUUUACUCAAACAGACCGAGUUGUUUUCGCAUUUUAUGGGCUCGUCCAAAAAAGCCAAGUCGCCCUUGAAGGUCAAGGCCGCACCGGCCAGUGCGGGGGGCGUGAAAGAGGGCGGGGGCAAGGAAGGCGAUCAUCGUCAUCGGAUGACGGAACAAGAGGAGGACGAGGAGUUGCUGACCGAUCUGAACCAAUCCAAAAAGAACACGGUCCAUUUCGACGAGUCGCCGCAUUACAUCAAGCACGGCAAGCUUCGCGACUAUCAAAUCCGCGGUCUCAACUGGAUGAUCUCGCUCUACGAAAAUGGCAUUAACGGCAUCUUGGCCGACGAGAUGGGCUUGGGCAAGACGCUCCAGACCAUUUCGCUCUUGGGCUACAUGAAACACUUCCGGAAUGUGAGCGGGCCGCACAUGGUGCUCGUGCCCAAGAGCACUUUGGCCAAUUGGAUGAACGAGUUCAAGAAGUGGUGCCCCACCCUCCGGGCCGUCUGUCUGAUCGGCGACCAGGAGACCCGAAACGCCUUCAUCCGCGACACGAUGAUGCCCGGCGGGUGGGACGUGGUGGUCACCUCCUAUGAGAUGCUCAUUCGCGAAAAGUCCGUGUUCAAGAAAUUCAACUGGAAGUACAUGGUCAUCGAUGAGGCCCAUCGCAUCAAGAACGAGGAGUCCAAGUUGUCGCUGAUCGUGCGCGAGAUCAAGACCAGCAAUCGAUUGCUCUUGACCGGCACGCCCCUCCAAAACAACUUGCACGAGCUUUGGGCCCUCCUCAAUUUCCUCCUGCCCGACGUGUUCAGCUCGUCGUCGGAUUUCGACGAGUGGUUCAAUACGAACAACUGCUUGGGCGAUGACACGCUCAUCAAGCGCUUGCACGGCGUCUUGAAGCCCUUCUUGUUGCGUCGCCUCAAGUCGGAUGUGGAGAAGUCGCUGUUGCCCAAGAAGGAGAUGAAUAUCUACGUGGGUCUCACCAAGAUGCAACGCGAUUGGUACACCAAGAUCCUCAUGAAGGACAUCGACAUCGUCAACGGCGCCGGGAAAGUGGAAAAGAUGCGUCUGCAGAACAUUCUCAUGCAGUUGCGCAAAUGCGUCAAUCAUCCUUACCUUUUCGACGGAGCCGAACCGGGCCCUCCUUACACCACGGACGUGCACAUCGUCGAGAACUCCGGGAAGCUCUUGGUGAUGGACAAGCUGCUCCCGCGUUUGCAGGAACAAAAAUCUCGCGUCCUGAUCUUCACCCAAAUGACCCGGAUUCUGGACAUCCUAGAGGAUUACUGUUGGUUCCGCAAUUACAAGUAUUGCCGUAUCGACGGUCAGACUGCUCACGAGGACCGAAAUCGCCAAAUCGAAGAGUUUAACGCAGAGAAUUCCGAGAAGUUCAUCUUCAUGUUGUCCACACGAGCUGGAGGGUUGGGUAUCAAUUUGUACACGGCCGAUAUCGUGGUUCUGUUUGACUCUGAUUGGAAUCCUCAGAUGGACUUGCAAGCCAUGGAUCGAGCGCAUCGUAUCGGUCAAAAGAAGCAAGUGAAAGUGUUCCGAUUGGUCACGGAAAACACCGUCGACGAAAAGAUCGUGGAAAGGGCCGCUGUCAAGUUGAAGUUGGAUCGCAUGAUCAUCCAGCAAGGCCGAUUGGCCGAGCAAAAGGCCAACCUGGGCAAAGAGGAGAUGCUCAACAUCAUCCGACACGGAGCCAAGCACGUGUUCUCCUCCAAGGACUCCGAGAUUAGUGACACCGACAUUGACACCAUCCUUCAAAUGGGCGAGAAGAAGACGCAAGAAGAGAACAAGAAGCUGGCCGAAUUGGGCGAGUCCUCAUUGCGAUCGUUUACGUUGGACACCAAGCCCGAGAACUCGGUGUACAAUUUCGAGGGCGAGGAUUUCCGCGAGAAGCAACGCGACGACAUUGGCAUCAAUUGGAUUGCCCCUCCCAAACGCGAGAGGAAGGCCAAUUACGCCGUGGACGCCUAUUUCCGAGAGGCCUUGAGAGUGGGGGCGGCUGAGCCCAAGGCUCACAAGGCCCCUCGGCCUCCCAAGCAGCCCAUCGUUCAAGACUUUCAGUUUUUCCCACCCAGACUUUUUGAGCUUCUGGACCAGGAGAUCUACCAUUAUCGUAAGGUGGUGGGCUACAAGGUACCUCUGAACCCGGAUCUGGGAUCAGAUGCCAAGAAGAGCCAGAAGGAGGAGCAGAGGAAGAUCGACGAUGCCGAGGAAUUGACCGAGGAAGAGCAGGAGGAGAAAGAGGAGCUUCUUAAUGAGGGCUUUACCAAUUGGAGCAAACGAGAUUUCAAUCAGUUCAUUCGACUCCACGAAAAGUACGGCCGAGAGGACAUCGGUUCCAUUUCCAAGGAGGUCGAAGGCAAAAGCCCCGAGGAAGUGGUCAGCUACAGUAAAGUAUUUUGGGAGCGAUGCUCCGAACUCCAAGACAUUGACCGCAUCAUGGCUCAAAUCGAGAAAGGUGAAGCCAAGAUCCAACGACGGUCCCUCAUCCGAAAAGCAUUAGACGCCAAGAUCGCCCGCUACAGAGCACCAUUCCAUCAACUCCGCAUUGCCUACGGAACCAAUAAAGGCAAGAACUACACCGAGGAAGAGGACCGAUUCCUGGUGUGCAUGCUUCAUAAACUCGGCUUCGACAAAGAGAACGUGUACGAAGAGCUCCGAGCCGCCGUUCGAAACGCACCUCAAUUCCGAUUUGACUGGUUCAUCAAAUCCCGAACCGCCAUGGAACUUCAGCGGAGAUGCAACACACUCAUCACACUCAUUGAGCGAGAGAAUCACGAAAUCGAAGAGCGUGAAAAGGCGGAGAAGAAGCGAAAUAAGAAGUCCGGAGGAGGAGGAGGGGCAACCGGUGGGGUAUCUUCCGCAUCUGCGGCCAACAAUGACAAGGGAUCAUCGUCCAACGCUGACGGAGGCAAGCAGACGCCUAGCAAGAACCAGAAACGCAAGAACGACGAGACCAAUGCCGACACGCCCUCAUCGAGUUCCAAAAAGAAGACCAAAAAAUGAAUCUUUUUUUUUCGUCAAGCUUUUGUUCGUAUUCAAUCUGUACAGGAAACGCUCCCCAGAAUUGGCCUCCAAUUAUUGUUCUCGGUAAGGGGGAAGAGAGCUCGACCUGAGAACUCGUCAUGCCUCUCUCAAAACCAAACAAAAAAAACGCUACAAAAAAUGCCCCCCCCUCGUAUUUUUCAAACUCGUACUUAUUGUGGUAUUCCAAAAGCGAGUGUAUGUUUGUGUAUAGUAAUUUAGUGCGACAAUAAAUACAAAUGAAACGC